GCACCUUGGCAAAGCCACCGCACCUGUGCCUAAGAGAGUCGCUUGUCUGCUGCAGGAGGAGGAUGUCGCAGCGGCGCGAGCUGCCACGAGGCACACCGUGGCGGGGGGAGAGUGUAAGAGCCUCUCUGCGGAGAUAGAGGCGCGUUACAAGAUGACCGCGGCCCGUCGAGCGCAGACGGCCGAGCUCUUCACUGCAGCCUUACAAGCAGUGGAAGCGGUGCAGGACUUCAUUCGCUGCUAUCGCAGGAUUUGGGGCGCAGAGGCAAAGGUACCAAGCGACCAAUGGCUCCGGCUCCUCGAGAGCGAAGACGCGCCGGGGCUUAACAGCCUCGACUCCGAGGUGUGGAAUUCGGAUUCUGGCAGCUACCUGGCACGCCUGCUGCAGAAGUACGACUGGGCUUGGGAUGAGAAGCGGCAACGCUUUGCUUUCCAGAGCACUCCAGACGUGGAGUCCUUGGCAACGAAGCUGAAGCUGCUUUGCGGCGCCCCGCUGGUGGCCCCGAGCAGCCAAGAGCAGGAGGAUGAGGAGGACUGGCAGGACUGGGAUUGGCAAGACGCUGAUUGGACCGCCUGGUGCGGAGAGGACCAGUGGACCGAGCAGGAGUGGUGCGAGUGGCAGGAGAUGUCGGCCGAUGCGGAGAUUCCGACGGAAUGGCAAGCCAAGCAAAAGAGAUUGGAUUCGUUAGG